AUGAGACGACGACAUUCUUUUGUAAAAAAAGCGAAAGACUUUAAAGCCCUCAAACAGUACAAAACGAUCAUGAAGAUUCAGUCACUUCUAACGGAACUAGAACAAAGCCAAGAAGAUUUUAAAAGCGAAGAGAAAAUUGUACUCGAUUCACGAAAUUUGCUUGAGAAGGAGAUGCAAUUCAUAAAUAGCCUGAGAGAAUAUGCUGCAGCUAUUAGCGACUUCAAGACUAAUAAUGGCGAUGAUAAGUUGCUCGAGUACCAGAAUACCCUAUCAAGUUCAAACUACAACUGCAAAUUUGCAAAGGAUCUCAUCUACUACACUCGCUACUAUAAGAGUCACAGAGAAGAGGUUGUCAAGUCUGAUUUGAUUCUUGAAGAGAAAAAAGGAAAGGUCAAUGCUCUGGGUGAAAAAGUCGAAAAUCUACUCAAAGACCAGCCACUCAACGAAACAAUUCCGGAAAGUCCGAAGGUUGACGAGUGUGCCAUUUGCCUCUGCCCCUACGAUACAGAAAAUCAUAAACACUCGGCGAUAACAACUUGUGGUCAUCGAUUCGGAAGUUCUUGCUUGAAUAGAUUGUCUAACAAGAGAUGCCCAAUCUGCUUUCAACGUUUUAAAUCGAAUAAAGUCAUCACGCUUUAUUAG